GGCGAAAAGUUGGCAACCAACCAACUUCCUCUACUAUAAGCACACCGACACGACACACAUCCUUGUAGGUGGUUCCAAGACAAUAAAAGAGCCGACGACAUCCUAUAAAGUUUUUGUGCUUCACCGACUCUUGUCGCAUCCGCUUUUGCUCUAUCCUUAAACAUAACUUGCAUUUUAUAUCCCAUGUUAAUAUGCUAUCAACUCUAAUCGUUUACUUUAUUGGCUUUCAGUCUGUUAUCGGGGCUCAGAUUAAUUUUGGUGGCCAACCAUUGUUUAGCGGAGUAACGUUGCUCACCUUCGAAGUUUCCACAUCCUUCAGAUUCCAGCCCACAGUCUGCUUCAUCUCGUCCGGCAAAGUCUCUCAAUGUCGGCGAAAGCGUGGAAUUGAAGAGAAACCACACAUGGUUCAAUUUGGCGACCUAGAUUCAAUUAUUCCAUCUGCGGUUAUCGGGAUUGAAGCUACUCUUGCUCCGAAUGAUUUCAGUUACAAUGGCGAUUCGAUCAUCAGUUCGUUGGACGAUCGAUAUUACGACUUGCAGAACAUUUUUAGACGGUGGGAGGUUAGCGGACGGAGUAAGAGCAUCACAGUCGGCGAUUGCGGGAAAACUACAGUCAACUUUAGCCAGUUCCUCUCUUGUUUGGGGUUUAAUCUUCAGGAAACAACAACCCUUACAGCUACCUUUACGGAAACCACGACCGUGUCCACCGGUUACACCACAAUUGGUGUAGUUUGGGGUUGUACUCCGGCAGGUUUCCCUUACGCUUAUUGUAGCGAAGAUGACCAAGCGGAAUCAUCGACUGAUCUUAAUUAUCUUAACAAUAACGAGGGUUUCACCUUUCCUUUUAUUUCCAUGGGGAUAGAUGGAUUUACAACAAAUGUAAUGAACGUUGAUGGUAGUAUUUCUACCGAAUCUCCUACGAGCCAGUCUUUAACUUAUCCAACAGUCUCUCAAGUGGUCGAUAAUGUGAUCGAUAUGCCCACUACUUCCUCUGCGGACCCUGACAAAGUUCCAACUCCCAUUAGUUCUAUUUCUUCUACAGUUUCCGGCCAGUCGUCAGUUAUAACUUUCCUUCCGGUUCCUGAAACCACUGCAUUCUUUAACUCUACUCUAGAACACAGCACUGAAAAUAGUCCUUCUACUUUUCCUGCUAUUUAUCCUACUCACUUUCAAACGAUUUAUGAUUCAACUACUCAUGUAUCUUCCACUACGGAUUCCGCCGAGAUCCCAAUUCACAUUUUAAUUGAGGUGUCUAACGAGUAUCCACCAACUUACACUCCAGUAGUCCCUGAAACAGUCGAUUACGACAACAUUACUGCCAUUGCAAAUAGUACUGAAAAUAAUUAUUCCACUGAUUCUACCGUGGACACUGCCGAGAUCCCUAUUCAUACUACAAUCUCUGCUAUUACGGUGUUUGAUGGGAUCAUAUUCAAUUUCCCUCCGGUCCCUGUAACGGAAAAUUAUAGCAUUAAUAACUUUAAUGCUUCUACAACUAACGAAUCCCCAAUUUAUCCUUCUACGACGGUCUCUGACGAGAUUCCAAUUUCGUCAACUUACUCGAUGGUCUCAUCUGAAACGAUCGAUUAUGGGACUUUUAUUACCGUUAAUACAGUGUCUGACGUAGCAGCAGCUUCUCCUGUAACCCUUGGCGAUUCCACGAUUUACCUACCAGUGUCUGAAACGGUCGUGAAUAAUGACACGACCGAAGAAGGACUAACCUAACUAUGCCGAGAAUUUUCUCCAGGCUAUAGAACGGGAAAGCUUACUAACAGUAUUCCGGCAAGCGAACGCCCUUUUUUGAUUCACUGUCACUGGAAGAAAUUCAAAUUCAGUCUUUUGCAAAUGCUUAACUAUUUCCUUGAUAUCAAAAUCGACCUUAAGACAAGACUUAAACAA